AUGUCAGCGCGAGAAGCCGAGAAUCUCAGGAACCGUCGGCCAAAUGACACAUCCGUACACUUGGACCCUCUUGCCCUCUUCGCCUGUCAGUUCGUUUGCUUGCCAAGGGUGCUUCCUCAUUCUCUCUUUCCCUCUUUCCUACCGACCUUAACUUCUCCAAAGUUUGUUCGUUAUGUGCUCCUCUCUACGGCAUUUGUCUCCCUCUCUCUUUCUCACACACCCUCACACUCGUUCUGUGUCUAUCUCUGGCGGAUCGUCUACUCCUGCUUAACCAGCCCCUCUGGUCUCGUCUGCACACAGCAAUUUAUCUUUUCCCCUCACUAUUACUGGCCGAUCUCAUGUCUAAACGACUGUUCUGCCUUGGCCUGGUUGGAGGCGACCUUCAGCCCCUUCGUCUCGGAGUUUAUCGUCCCUUUUGGCGUUAGCCUCAGCUGCCGCUGCACGCAGACAGCCGCAAGUUUGUGCUCUUUCUCGCUUCCUCCAGCAGUGGGCAGUCGCUUCUUCAUGGGCCAGUCACUCCCGCCUCCUCAUUAUGGACGCGAUCACAACAGUCUGGCUGAGCGAGUGUACGCUGUGUUUGGUCGCAAUAUCUCCUGCGUCCUAUGUAAAACUGCCAAUCCGCUCGCCCCGUCCAUUAAGGAGCCGUCACCAAGUUGCUCCGGCAUAAACCGGUCUUCUCAUUACUGCGCUGCAUUUGCAUGUCUGCUAGUCCGCUUGUUCGGGCACUUUUCUGUUUCGUCGCUGAUUGCCUGA